AUGGACGACUCGGACGGAUCCCUGACCGAGCUUUCUUCUGAGGGCGAGGAGGGUGACCCCAGCCAGGAUGAGUCCGAAUCCGACGCCGAAUUGCCCGACGACGACGACGAGAAUGAUGGCGACUUUGGCCUCAGUCGCAAGAAAAAGGCGCCCCGUGCUUCAGCAGCCAAAAAGACAACUACCACACCACGCGCCAAAAAGUCAGCGGGCGCAGCCAGGACUGGUGCUGCCAAGACGCCGCGCUCGACGGCAAAGCGCUCCGGCCCUUCACGACCGAGGGCUGGCACAACGGCGACCACGCCCUCUGCUGCCAAGUCCCGCGCGGCUGCUAGCAGAGACGAGCUUCCCAUCAAUGACGAUAACGACAUCUUCAAUGCUGUCAAAGAUGCCAAUUCGGCGUUGCAAUCUACUGCAGAGGACUGGGUCGUCUCGUUUUCAGACAAUGAGGGCCGCGCACUUGCCCAGCUCGUCAACUUUGUCAUUCGCACAUGCGGCUGCAACGGCAGCGUGGAUGAGAACCAGGUCGUCGACAUUGACAACGUUGUCGACAACCUCGAGGAGCUUCAAGAAGCGUUCAAGAAGCAGCCCAUCCCUUCGUAUCCCAUCGUAUCAAGGAGCAAGACCUUCAAGUCGUUCCGCAAAUCGCUCAACGAGUUCCUGCACCGAUUGGUCAUGAGCGCAUACGAUGCCGAGGUCCUGACUUCGGACGACUUCAUGGAGCCUUACCAAGCCUGGGUGUCUGCCAUGUCUUCCUCCUCGCUUCGUUCCUUCCGUCACACUGCCACCGUCGUCGCUCUCUGGACCAUCUCGGCACUCAACGAAGUCACUGCACAGGCCACCAAAGACCUCUCCACCGCCACCAAGCAGCGCGACGCUGAAAAGAAAAAGGCGCGUGCCGACAAGAGUCGACUAAAGGAUCUCGAAACGAAUGUGCUCCAAUCGCGGAAGCUCAAGGCGCGCCUCGAGGGUUACAUCAACGAAUUCAUCAACUCGGUCUUCGUCCACCGUUUCCGCGACUUCGAUGCGGGAAUCCGCUCCGAGUGCGUCGAGGCGCUCGGAUCAUGGAUGAAGAAGUAUCCAACUCAAUACUUGCAGAGCUCAUACUUCCGCUACAUAGGAUGGGUGCUGUCCGAUGUGGACGCCAACGUCCGCAUGGCUGCUGUGCAGGCAAUGACCGGCCUUUAUACCCGCGAUAACUUUGUCAGCUCCAUCCGCACCUUCACCGAGAUGUUCAAGGGUCGCCUGGUGCAGAUGGCCACCAGCGAUGUUGAGCUUGGCGUUCGCAUCGCUACCAUCAAUGUACUGGUCAUGAUCGACAAACACGACCUUCUGGAGGACGAACAGCGCGACCUGCUGGCCACGCACAUUUUCGACGUCGAACCUCGCAUCCGCAACGCCGUUGCCAGUUUCCUCGCCAACAUCCUCGACGAGAUGGUCAGCGAGGGCGCCAGCGAGCUCGGCUCGCUUUCAGCCGCAUCCAAGAAGAAAGGCAAGCAGGCUGAGGAGCAACAGCAGGAACAGGCUAAGCUUCGCUUCAAGUACCUUGCCGAGCUCCUCGUCAAGUACGGCCAGCGUCUCGAUGAUCAAGAGGCCGCUGCAUCUACCAGCUCCGCACAGCGCAAAGGGGCCGACGAGCUCACAGUCGUCAUCGACGGAGCAAAAGAGGGCCGCGUCGGCCUGGCAGUCGAAGCUCUGUGGGAUGCGGUCGAUGACUUGCAGCGCUGGCAGCCGCUCAUCGAUUUGCUGCUGCUGGAUCACUCCGCCAAGACCACUGCGGGCCGCAGCAAGGGCAGUGUCGCUGCUGAUAAUGCGGCUCCCGCCGCCUAUCGUCUAGAGACGGAAGAGGAGGCCAUCUUGGUCGAAGCGCUGGUGGCCAUCCUGCGAAAGACGUACGCCGGUGCCGAGCUUAUAGACGAUGCCGAGGACAAUACCAAGGAGGACGUCACGCGCGCCAUGGUGGCGGCGCUGCCAAAGCUACUCGCCAAGUACCGCACCGAUGCGCCGCGCAUCGCCGACCUCUUGCUCUUGCCGCAAGUCAUGGAUCUCGAAUUGUACACCGAGCUGCAGGAGACUGCCGCUUUCGAGGCGCUCUGGGACGAUGUCUCGACGCAGAUCCAGCGCCACGUCGAGCCGCUCGUACUCAAGCACGGAGUCCAGACCCUGCAGAAGAUGGUCGCCACAACGUCUCAGUCCGCCAUCAACAACACCAAGCUGUCGGCACUUGAGGACGGCCUUGUGUCUUCACUUCGCGAGACUGUCAGCGACCGAGACGUCGAAUCGGCUGGAUUCAGCGAAGAUGAGGUGCACCAGCUCGCCGCCAAUAUGCUGCGUCUCCACCUCGUGAGUCAAGUAGCCAACACCAGCGAUGCACUCGAGGAUGACGAGAAUGGACAGGCCACGAGCGGCUGGGAGAUCGUGCUCGGCAUUGCGGGACGUGGUCGUCUGGCUUACAACGAGGAGGAGGCGUUGGUGCGUGACGCCAUCGCGGUGCUGACACUCCACGUCAUGUGGAAGACGCGACAGGUCAUCAUGCCCGACGCCGGGUCGCACACCGGCGUGGCAGAGUCUUUGCUCGAGAAACGCACCACGUUGCUCAGCCUGCUCGAGGAGUUUGUGGCCAGCACGCAGUCGCAAGCGUGCGUCGGCGUCCAGCGCGUUGCUUUUGAAAAGCUGGCGACCAUCCACAUGCUCUACGCUGCGAUUCCACAGCAGGCACCUGUGGCGGCGACCGCUGCGGCCACAGGCGACGGCUCGUCCGCGGCAGCUGCUGAAGAGGACGUCUCGCAGCAGCGUUCGGGCCCUCAACCUCCAGCUCUGUUGGCUCUCACCUGCAACACCGACGUUCAGCAGAAUUGUUCCCACUUUGUCCAAUCCGAGAUCGAGCGCUACGAAGAAAAGUCUGGCCUGCUCAACGGCGCAUCCCGCGUCGAGUCGGACGAGGAAGGCAGUGAUGAUGCCGACGAUGGCGAGGACGAAGAGGACAAUGAGGAAGACGACGAAGAUGACGCCGAGGCUACACCCAAAGCCUCGCGUGUCCGCGGCGGCAGCAAGAGCAAAAAGUCCAAGAAGUCAACGAGCAAAGCAGCAGGGCAGAACGGAGCUGCUGCUGCUGCGGGUCUGGAGCGCCCCAAUCAAGCUCAACUCGAAGCAGAGCACACGUUCUGCUCCGUCAUCAGCGCCUUUGCCUCUGCCAUCCGCGUCGGUGUCAUCGACGCAAAGUACUCGACAGUGGUGCUGAUUCACUUUGGACGUCUCGGUGCCAUCUACGAUUCGUGCUGCAAGGCAUUGGUCGAGGUGCUGAAGGAGGAGGCCAUCUUUGGCGGCUACAAUCGAGCCGUAAUCGUAGAGAGCUGCAUCUGGGACGCUUUGCGCGAGGCGUUCGAGCUGUACCUCGACUCGGGCGACUCUGCCAGUGAAGGUCGCUUCAUCUCUCUCUCGAGACAGCUUGCCAACGCGCUGGUGGUGCGCGGCGCAGGUUUCACCGCUCUGCGCAAGAUCGAUGCACGCUGUCUGAUUUCGCUGCACAGCCGUGCGAGCGAGCACAUUGCGCAAAAGGUAGCAGCGGCCGAACGCAACGGCAACAAGAAGGAUCGCCAACGGAUGCCGGCGCUGUACAAGGGUAUGGCCAACCUGCUGCUCACGGCGAGUCCUACGGAUGCGGUCAAAAUCAAGAGUGCCAUGGACCGAGCGUACCGUGCUGCCAAUGUGCAGAUCCCUCCGACGUCCAAGGCGUGGGAUGCUCAUCGCUCGUACGAGAAGAGGUUGCUCAAGAUUGCUGCCAAGAGCACGCUGUUUGCUCCCGCCAAAGCCACACCGGGUCGCACAGCAGGUGCGUUAUCGGACAGCGGCGGCGAGUUGUCGGAAGAUGACGAUGGAUUGCCCGCUCGUGGAGAGCGGAUCUUGCCGACGCCUGUGCGUGCUGGGCAGAAGCGUGAUCGCGCCGAAGCAGCAGCAGGAGAAGAGGAGGAGGAGGAAGAUGUGAGCAUCAUGGCCCCUGCGAGCGAUGCAGGGUUGGAGCUCGACGUGGAAAUGGCGGCUUCUGAUGCGGACUCAUUGCAGCUGGAGGAGGAGGAGGAGAUUGCUAGCGUGGCUAAGCGCAGGAAAGUAUGA